AUGGACAACCAAAUCCUGGAGGUUCCCUGGUAUUCCAGAAGCACUGACAAGUCCAGAAGACUGCGCAGUCUGAUGCAUGUCACAGUGACACUGAAGAGUCAGAUUGGUUUUGUCCUGUUUCCCCCCAGUGGGGCUCCUGCAUGGAAUCUGAUGGAUCAUGAGAACAUUAUGUUUCUCACCAUAUGCUUUUGGUGGCAUUAUGCAGUAAACUUUGUUAUCAUUGGAGCGAAUUACGCUUUUGUCACCUGGCUGAGCGCCGCCAUCGCCCGCCGGGGGCCGCAGCCCCAGAGAACACCGGCUGCCCUCGCGGCCGCCAGUCCCGCGUCCUGCCGGCCAACGGACCACCGUCGAGCCGCUUGGAGCCCAGAAACCACAGCAUGUUCCACCUGCUGCUGCUGCUUGCGGGGCUCUGUGGCCUACCAGCCUCAAGACCAGUUGGAAUCAGAUGUUCCAGAUUCAUUUCCUCUUUAUCUAGAAGUACAUAUUGUGGUGGACAAUGCUUUGUAUGAUUACUUGGGCUCUGAUAGCAUGAGUAACAAAGUUGUCGAAAUUGUUGGACUUGUGAAUUCAAUGUUCACCCAAUUUAAAGUUACUGUUGUGCUGUCAUCAUUGGAGUUGUGGUCAGAUGAAAAUAAGAUUUCUACAGUUGGUGAGGCAGAUGAAUUAUUGCAUAGAUUUUUAGAAUGGAAACUGUCUUAUCUCACCCUAAGGCCUCAUGAUAUUGCAUAUUUAUAUUAUCCCAAGGAGUCAACUCUGGAGGCCUUUUCCGUUAUUGUGACCCAGCUUCUGGCACUCAGUCUGGGAAUAUCAUAUGAUGACCCAAAGAAAUGUCAAUGUUCAGAAACCACCUGUAUAAUGAAUCCUGAUGCUAUGAAAUCCAGUGGUGUGAAGAGAUUCAGCAGUUGCAGUUUGAGUGACUUUAAACAUUUUACUUCAAAUGUGGGUGCUAGAUGUCUUCAAAAUAAGCCACCAAUGCAACGGCAACGGGGAUCAGUCUGUGGCAAUAAUAAAGUGGAGGAAGGUGAAGUCUGUGAUUGUGGUACUCCAGAACAAUGUGGACCUGAUAGCUGUUGCGAUCCUCAAAAUUGUGUGCUGAAACAAGGAGCACAGUGUCAUAAAGGAUCAUGUUGCAAAAACUGUCAAGUCUUCCAAUACAUUUGUAAGAAGUUUCUUAUAUGAGAAUACCUCUGUUGAACUAUCUAU